AAAUUCGUGAACGUUUUCGAAACAAUAUGGCCGCCGCAAAGGGGUUGAAUUUAAGAUUUAUUUCCAAAAUUAAAGUUGUUUUUAAUCCAUUUCAAUGGGAAACAGCCUCUGCAAGGUCUGAAUAUACCCAUAAGCUACCCUUGCUUAUUCUUAUCCCUAAUAAAUAUUUAAGCAUCUACCAUUAAAUCCAUUCUUUUUGAAAGAAAAUGUGCAAUGUAAUUGAUGUAAAUACUCAUAUUUUUUUCUGAAUUUUAUACUAGGGAGUUUUUGAGGAUUUUGGACACACAAACCGUCAGAGAUUCCAAUCCAAAAUGUCAAAUCCACUCGGAGAUUAGCAACAAGAAAAAUGAUCCUAAAAUUGAAGUCCAGUUUGGUAGGUAUAGACUAUAGAGUAUAGACUGACAUAAAAUUGAAUUAAGUAAGAAUCUUAAUUCCCAGCUAACGCACAUUUAUAUCCAUUACCAGCGAGUACACGAACACAAUAAAUGCUUGGUUACCUUUGUUUCGUUCUGUACAACAGUGUCAUGAACAUGCGUAUAAUUUAAAAAUGUGAAUUGGGCGUUGUAUACUGUGAUGCCGGACUGUGUCUGUGUUAUGUGCCUCUUUCAAACUAAAUUUUAUACCAUUCCAUUUUCAGCUGACAAAGAAGCCAUGGUACUUGACACAGGCAAUAUGAAAGUUGUAGAUAUUCUAUCACAGUUCAACAAAAAGUAUAAAGAAAAAGAACAAACAAGCUGAAAACUAAAACGAUCGGACAUUCUGCCUUCAGCAAUUAACAAACGUACAACGGUACAUCUUGAAAGCAAAACGUGACUCAAAAACACGUAAAACAAACAACACAAGAAUUGUUAUCGUUCAUCAAACUAUUCUUACUUUUAUUUGUAAUAUUUACAGUAAUGUACGAUCUGAACCAGAUUAAAAAUUAUUCAUGCUUUACAAUGUUUAUACAGUAAACUGCAUUGUAGUGUGACCUGUAAAAAUAUUGCUAAGACUUAAAGCAGCUCUGGUAUUUUCUUUACUCCGUUUACAAGAAUGUUCAUCUAUUCAGUUUAAAAUCUAAAAAUGAAAGAAA